UGCAUUAAGCGUUGAACUGUGCUCAAGUCUCCACACUUCUCUGCACACUCUCGCAGGAAGAGAAAGACAGAGCGAAGAAGAGAACAAGAAAGCGACAGAGCGUGUGAGUGAGCGAGCGAGAGAGAGAGAGAGAGAGAGAGCAGCACUUAAAGAGAAGAAAAGAGUGGUAUGGCUCAGGGUUCAGACAGUAAUGAUACGGGCUACACCAAAUCUCCAUCACCAGGACACAAACAGGGCUCAUCAGACGACAUGAGGAAGGUAAUGAGAAGGGAGAAAAAUCGCAUCGCAGCUCAGAAGAGCAGGAUGAGGCAAACGCAGAAGGCAGACACUCUGCACCUGGAGAGUGAGAAUCUGGAGAAGGAGAACGCUGCUCUGAGGAAGGAAGUGAAGAGACUGACGGAGGAAGUGAAGUACCUGAACACGGUGCUGAGUAACCACGAGCCGCUGUGUCCCGGCCUGAGUGCCCCACCCACCGACCUGCUUUACAGCUCACAUACACACUCUCACACACACACACCCUUCCAUCAGCACAUCAACACACCACACUACCCUCUCUGACCCCCCACCACACACACACACACACACACACACACACACACACACACACACACACACACAGAUGAGCGGAGUGUUGGUUAGUGUACCUUGUUAAGAUUCGUGUAUUGCACUCUGUCCAGCAGGGGGCGGUUCUGAGACCUCAGUCACUCACUCACACUUACUCACUCAUUCACUCGUUCACUUACUACAGGCUGAAUCCCAAAUAACUGCUGAUUAUGAUUUUUCCCAGCUAGGGUAUAUGGCCGGAGUCAAACCUGUGUUUGGGAUUCAGCCUUUCAGCUAAAUCGUUUAUCUUCUAUUCAUAUUAUGUUUUUGUUUUUAUUUGCAUUUUCAUUUUUUUAAUACGGACGGGACCGACGAUAAAUCCGCGCUGUGAAACUGAAGGGCACUACAAAAGGGUGCUAAAAUGAUAUGGGUGCAUCCUGUAUAGUGCACUUAACAAUGUAAAUGGCAUAAAAGUUCAUAUUUUGAGCAAACUGACCAGCAGGGGGCGUUAAUGUUAAUAAUAAAUAAAGAAUGAUAUUAUAUUAUCUUAGUAUAAUAACGUGUAGUUAUAUGAAUCCCUAUUACCAUUUCUCAGCUCUAUGUAGUGCACAUAAGGGACAUGUAGUGCACUAGAUAGGGUGAGGAAACCAUGUAUAUAUAUAAGCAAAGAGAGUAAUGAAGCAAAUCCAAGGUAUAUAUUACACUAUUCAUUAAUCACCCCUCUACUGGACGUGUAGUGCACAUAGAGUGCAGGAGUCAGUCGUAUAAGAGCACUUUGGUAUAAAUCAGGGAAUCUGAUUACGUCCUGGUGGAAUGUAAAAGCUCCUGGAGGAGAUGUAGUGCACUGAUGAAGGGAGGGUGGGGUUAUUUGGGAUGCGGCCCGACGAUGAUUGACAGUCGUCAUGAUUACAGUAAUAAUGAUGUAGAAACACUGGAGUAUCCUAACAGGUGUUUUAAAGACAACACACACACACACACACACACACACACACACACACACAAACAGGGUGUGUGAUAUGCUUAUAUUUUCCUUGGUUCAAUGAUCUGAUGACGUACUGAAUGUGUCCUGUGUUCACUUCCUGUCUGCUGCCUUUUACAAUAAAACGCUCUGAAAGUG